UUACAUAAUAUACAAAAAUAUAAUAGGAUAAUUUAUUUUUAGAUGGUUUUAUUGUAGGAUACUCAAUUUGUACUUAAUCAUGUUUUGCCCUCACAAGAAUUCAUAUCUGCAGCUAGUAUGCGCGGUGAACCCGCGGGUCAUAAACAAAGCAGUUGAUAGAGCGAUGGAGAAGAAACAUUUUGAUCCGCGCACAGAAGCACCAGCAGCACAGAGGCUAGAAUCAAUGCAGCCGUCCUUAUACGCCCCGCACGUGGACAUCACACGGGCUCGCCUCGGCUUUGGUCGGGUAGGACUACGUCUCAUAAACAGAGACCUACACUCGCCCGACCAUCUCGUGCAAUUGCAGGCUUUGCAUAGCAUAUGGGAUCAGGUCCAAAUAUCAGAGAACGCUAUGUUCUUGAUAAAUCUUCACGUAGGAUAUCGCCUGAUCGACCUAAUGCUGGAACGUGACGCUGUAGUCCGCGAAAAAGUAUGUCUUAUACUCACCAUCCUAGCUUCUUAUUAUCAGGGAAGAAAACAGAUCAUGUCAAGGAUAAAGAUUGUUGAAAACCUCAUGUGGCUUGUACUUAGAGAUCGAAGAGAAAUAAGAUAUGCAGCGGCUUAUACCUUAAGGACUCUAAGUAGCGAUCGUUGCUCCGUUGAAACAUUACUAACAUGCGAAAAUAUUAUAGAAAACUUGCUAAAAAUGGUCAAAAAUGAUUAUACAGGAAUUGUACUCUUACAUCUCAAAACUCUUGAGAAUCUAACAGAAUGGAACCCUGAAGGACCACUCAAAGCAAACGCUUUUCAAAUCAUGCUACAAUUAUUUUCGAACCAGGACCCAAGGAUAGUCUGUGGGGCAAUGGAUUGCAUGACACAAUUGUGUAAACACCCUAUAGGGAAACAAUUGGCUGAUAUUUACGACCUAACAUUUGUAUUGAGACCUUUCAUAAUGUCCCAAUCAAUAGAAAUAAGGAUCAGCGCAGUUGGUUUGAUGGAGUAUACAACUUUAACAACGCGUUCAAAAUGGCGUGCUAAAGAAUGCUGCGAGGAACUGACCAAGCGUUUAGUUUCUUUAUGCUGCGGCACCAACAAACCGCCACUUCAAUUAAGAAGUAUGCAAGUUCUGAUAAACCUCUGCGACUGUCCAGAUAUAAGGCACCAUAUGAAACGCCAUUGGGAGAGGAAAGUAAAAGCUUUAAAAAUACGAAAUCAUGAAGAAUGGGACGGUACAACGGAAACAACGAGCUAUGGCCUUGAAACUGGCCACAAUUAUAGAACGAUGUGCAUCGAGGGUGUUGAGACUAUUAAGAAUGAUUAUGGGGAUAAUGCAGAAGUGAUCAACGUUCAUAGUUACUUGAGACGAAUGCAUGAAGUAAAAGCACGUUUACUUUAUGCUAUAAAUUGGAAAUCUUUCAAAGAUUAAGAAGUGUAAACAAUAUCUUCAAGACACAGUAGUGCCAAUUAUGUUAUAAAUAAACUGACAGAUCAGAAAACGCCGUAAUUUUCGAAAUGUUUUCCA